CACAAAAGGAGACAGUACAAGGUCGGAUGAUAAAUGGCCAAUUUGCAGGUCGGGUGAGGGGGCAGUUCCUGGUAGUGGAAUGUAGUUUCAACUGGCGAGCGGUUUUCAAAGGUCGGACGUGGGAGGACGGUUGACACACGUGUCAAUAGGAGAAUUUUUGAAGUGGUUAACAGUGGUUAUGGUAACCGACUAGGUAGCGGUUCGAACCGCAUCUUCAAGGGGUUAUUUAAGGAUGCUAUACCGUACAAAGAAGGGAUCUUCAAUCGACAUCAAAUUCAAGAGAAUUGCUUUUGGGGAUCACCACUUUAUUUUUCAGUUUUUAUUGUUAUUUUUUCUAUUUUAUUUUAUGUAUUCUACAGUGUUUAGAGAUCUCUAAUCUCAGGCAUUCAUCUAUCAAAUUCGAAGAUAUUUCUCUAUUUUCGGAUUUUACUUUUUAUUGUUAAAAAAAAAUACAUCAACAAUUUGGCGACCACAGUGGGAGCAAGGCAAGAUUGCUGAUCCUACGUCAACGGAGAGUUUCAUACGACUGAGGUCCGGCCGAAUCGUCGGAAGGAUCCACAUGGCAGGCUCACAGCCUCAAGCAUCUUCGGCACCGGUGGGAGAAACAGUUUCACCACCCGUCAUGCCAAAUAAAGGAGAAAUGCCACAAACACCUGCCGACUGGGUUUCUUAUGUUCAACAAUUGAACAACCAGCAUUGGCCAUGCAGAAUAUGUUGCGUGAGCAACAAAUGUUGUGGGAGCAACAAAAUCUUAUGCAAAAUACGUUAAAUCAGGCGUUAUCAAGGGUUACUUUGCAACCCAUCCAGACGCCGCUAGAACUAUCACCAUCCAGAUUACAGGCAAAUUUUGCGGGGCCUUCAUAUGUGGACAACACUUUUCCAAGUGUUAUUGCCCCGAGGGUUGACAGAGGGAAGACUCCUCUUACAUACCCGAAUAAUAUUCCGUUGGGUGUUAGGACCGAACCUACCGACCUCAGGGGGGAAAGAUUGGGAGGCCAGACUCACAAUCCCAUUCAAGUAUUGGACCCUGUCCCACCACCCAGAGUAGACCCAGAGGACAUCGCUCAGGUCUUAAGAGUACAUUUUGGAAUGAACCCCCAGAUAGUCAACAGACCUGCGUACCAGAGGCCAUUUUCAGAAAGAAUCAUCAAUGAGCAUCCGUUUCCAAGGAAUUACAGACCACCCGAUUUUCAUUUAUUCUCCGGAGAAGAUGGGGCAUCAACCAUUGAGCAUGUGGGACAUUUCACGGCUCAAUUAGGGGAAGUGGGCAAUAAUUCAUUCUACAAAUUACAAUUGUUCGGGUUAUCGCUUACAGGGACCGUUUUUUCAUGGUUUGCAAAUCUGCCAUCUGGGCAGUUGCAAACUUGCGAAAAUCUGGAGGCUGCAUUCCAUGCAAGAUUUUUUAAUCCCCUCCCAACGGUCUCACUCACAGAUCUUUUAGAGAUCCGACAGAUGCCAGAAGAGACCGCGUAUCAGUUCAUCGAACGAAUACGACUCAUGAAAGGCCGGUGGCCGACAAUCAUCGAGGAAAGUGAAAUGACCAAUUUGGUGGUCAGGAACAUGCAUUCCAGACUUCGGGAAGCAUUGACAGCCCAUGAUGUUCAGGACUUGGCUAGUCUGGCCUCCAAAGUAGGGAGAUUGGAGUAUUUGUUCAGAGAAAAAGAUCACAAUUUCCGUCGGAACAGGGUACAACAAAUGGCUAGUGUUGAUACAGAAAUUUAUUCGCUAGAUGAAGAGCAAGGAAAUAUCAUUGAAGAGAUGGCAGCUGAAAUUGUGAGUGGCAAACCGUACGUUUGUUCGAAACUAAAGCCUUUGUCAGGAACAGAGGAGAGGGAACAGCCGACCUUCGAUGUAUCCAAGGCCGACGAAAUCUUCGAUAUUCUGUUGGCAGACGGGCAAAUUCGCAUUCCUGAAGGGCAGCGUUUGGCAACGAAGGAAGAAAUAAAGGGAAGGCCAUACUGUAAGUGGCAUAAUUCCUUUACUCAUUACACUAAUCAAUGCACACAUUUCCGAAAGGAAAUACAGAAGGCUAUCAAAGCAGGGAGAUUCAAAUAUGUAACAAUGGGAGUAGAGCAUCAGCCCUUCCCAAAAGUAACUACUGCAAUGAUCUCUUUACGUUCUUCACAAGUUGUGCAAAGUGAUGAUGAAGAAGACACCAAACGAAAAGAACGCAAGCCUAAAGAACGGGAAUCCAAUCAGGAAGUGAAGUUCAAAGUUUGUGAAACUAGAGUGGCAGAGAAAUGGGAUAGAGAAGAUGGGUCUUUCAAAGUAGAAUUGAAAAAUAAAGUCGUGGUACGAGACCGACCAACGCGCAAACCAUAUCCAGUCCAGGACGUCUGGAGCCGGAAUAGAAAGUUUUUUCCAAUAGACAUUGAUCCUCGAUUUCCAGGUAUGAAAUCGCACACAAAUUCGUAACGCUAAACGCAGGUAUGCAGCGCGGCAUGGAAAGCGAGUAGAUAAGGGUAAGGAAAAGAAAGAAUCAUCACCCAAAAGGAAAAGCUCGAAUGAGAGACCUGAGGAGCAGUGGCAGAUUAGCCAGCCUAUCAAGAAGGCCAAAUGUUUUCGAUGUCAAUUCUGCAAGCCGAUUAAUAUUGAUCCUGAAAUAGAAAAUGCAGAGGAACAAACUCCUGAGAUAAUUUUUGGAUCUUUUGCCCCGGAAGAGACGAAAGUCUUGCGCAGCGAGAUAGUAAAGCUUGAUAAAGCAGGGUUCGAAGUCAGGAUGACAGAUAUGCGAUGGUUCAUCGAAGAAGAACCAAUUUGGGCAAAGUUCGUGGAGGAGGAAGAACCAGAAUGGGCGGCGAUGGUUGGAAGACCCCCACCUAUGGUUUUUCCACCUAUACCAGAAGGAGCAAUCCCGCAUUUAAAACCACUAUAUGUUAACGCUCACAUAUGUGGUAAGCCGGUUAACAAGGUUUUUAUUGAUAAUGGGGCAGUUUUCAAUGUCAUGCCUCUCAAAACUUUAAGAAAAUUGGGCAAAGAGGUUGGCGAUUUGUCUCCAGUAGACAUCGAGAUGACGAGCUUCACAGGACAACCGACCAAACCAGAAGGGAUGAUGGUGGCACCCAUUGAGGUCGGACCAAAGGUGAUUUCGACCGUGUUUUUUGUUGUGGAUGCCAAUACUACCUACUCAGUUUUAUUGGGGCGAGACUGGAUUCACGCUUCCAAGUGCGUGCUUUCUUCUCUCCAUCAACAGAUUAUGUUUUGGGAAGGAGAUCGGGUUUUCACUAUGGAAGCCAGUACAAAUCCGUUCGGUUCUACAGAAGGAGUGGAAGAAUCGGUUCUUUAUACGGAGUACGUACCACCGAUUUCACGGACAACUAUGGUAGAUGAGUAUCCCUGGAAGGGCUGUAAGCUCACUACGCAGGGUUGUGUGUUUCAUUAGAAACAAUCUUCUGUAUUAUGGCUCUGUUGUUAGCCAAAAUAAACUUUUAUUUGAAGUUUAAUUUAUGGAAGAAAUAAAUAAAUGUGAUAAACUGAUUAGGCAUUUUAUUUAAACCAAUUAAUGGUUAGACUACAUAAUAAUAGAAUUUCCAACAAUAAUGUUGGUGAAGAAUAAGGUUUUCGCUGGCCUGACCUCUUGGAAAAGACAGAAACUUCUUUGUCAAGUCAGGAUCCUCUUAUUGAAUAUAAUGUGGGAACCAAACAGAUACCCAAGAUGGUCAGGGUAAGUGGUUUACUGACGAAAAAUAAACAUGAGCGAAUGGUAGCGUUAAUUCAAGAUCACAAGGAAUGUCUGGCAUGGGAUUAUUCCGAAAUGUCCGGA